GUUGGCCACCUCACCGGACCCUGCGAGGCCACCGCAACAAGGUCACCUGCUUGCUGUACCCCCAUCAGGUCUCUGCUCGCUAUGACCAGAGGUACCUGAUCUCAGGGGCCCUGGACUUCUCCGUCAUCGUGUGGGACAUCUUCUCCGGGGACAUGAAGCACCUCUUCUGCGUCCACGGCGGGGACAUCACCCAGCUGCUGGUGCCCCCGGAGAACUGCAGCGCCAGGGUCCAACACUGCAUCUGCUCGGUGGCCAGUGACCACUCCGUUGGGCUUCUGAGCCUGAGGGAGAAGAAGUGCAUCAUGUUGGCCUCGAGGCACCUUUUCCCUAUCCAAGUCAUCAAGUGGAGGCCUUCUGAUGACUACCUGGUGGUGGGAUGUUCGGAUGGGUCCGUCUACGUCUGGCAGAUGGACACAGGUGCUCUGGACAGAUGCGUGAUGGGCAUAACAGCGGUGGAGAUCCUGUCUGCCUGUGACGAGGCCGUGCCAGCAGCCGUGGACGCCCUGAGCCAUCCUGCUGUCAACCUCAAGCAGGCCAUGACCAGGAGGAGCUUGGCUGCUCUGAAGAACGUGGCCCACCAGAAGCUCCAGACUCUGGCCACCAACCUCCUGGCUUCGGAAGCCUCGGAGAAGGGCAAUUUACCCAAAUACUCCCACAACUCCUUGAUGGUCCAAGCCAUAAAGACCAACGUGACAGAUCCAGACAUCCACGUGCUCUUCUUCGAUGUGGAAGCCCUCAUCAUCCAGCUCCUGACCGAGGAGGCCUCCAGACCCAACCCCACCUUGGUUUCUCCAGAGAACCUCCAGAAGACCUCUGGUACCUCGGACAAAGGAGCUUCCUUUCUGGCUGGGAAAAGAGCUGCUGUCCUCUUCCAGCAGGUGAAGGAAACCAUCAAGGAGAACAUCAAAGAGCAUCUUCUUGACGAGGAAGAUGACGAGGAUGACUACUUGAAGCAGAGGAGAGAAGACGGUGACCCCGAGUAUCGCUCGAGCAAGUCCAAGCCCUUAACUCUCCUGGAGUACAACCUAACCAUGGACACAGCAAAGCUCUUCAUGUCCUGCCUCCAUGCCUGGGGCCUCAACUCGGUCCUGGAUGACCUUUGCCUUCAUCGCCUGGGGAUGCUGAAGCCACACUGCUCCGUGUCCUUUGGCCUCCUCUCCAGAGGUGGCCACAUGUCCCUCAUGCUGCCGGGUUACAACCAAGUCCUUGGCAAAGCCUCCUCUGGUGGCCUGGACGCAGGGACGAAGAUGUCCCUUCCGGAAGGACUUGGCAAGGGGACUUAUGGGGUGUCCAGAGCUGUGACCACCCAACAUCUCCUCUCUGUCAUCUCCUUGGCCAACACCCUCAUGAGUAUGACCAACGCCACCUUCAUCGGGGAACACAUGAAGAAAGGGCCCAGCAGGCCCCCCAGACCAGGCCCUCCUGAGAGCUCGAGAGGAAAAGCUCCCUCUGCAGGUGCAACUCCAGCAGCCCAGGGACAGAUCAAGCAAGUUGCUCCUGCUGUUUCCUCCAGCCCUGAAGCUGCUCCCUCGGCCUCUGACACUCCUCCUCCUUUACGUAGCUGUUUCUUAGUCAACGAAGGAUGGAGCCAGCUGGCUGCUCUGCACUGCGUGAUGCUUCCCGACCUCCUGGGCCUGGAGAAAUUCCGACCUCCUCUCCUGGAGAUGCUGGCCCGAAGGUGGCAGGAUCGCUGCUUGGAGGUCAGAGAAGCAGCCCAGGCCCUGCUGCUCGCCGAGCUGAGGAGGAUCGAGCAAGCGGGGAGGAAGGAGACCAUCGAUGCCUGGGCUCCUUACUUACCCCAGUACAUGGACAGUGUCCUCUCACCUGGAGUGAGCACAGAAGGCCCCCAGGGAGGCGGCGGCAGCCCGGAUCCCUCGGGAAUGGAAGCAAAGGUCCAGGAGGAGGAGCACGACCUGAUUGAUGAUGACAUCGCAGCGGGUUGUCUCUCGGGGCUCCCCCAGCUGAAGAAGGUCUCCACCUCCUACGAGGAGAGGAGGAAACAAGCCACGGCCAUCGUCCUGCUGGGGGUCAUUGGGGCAGAGUUUGGAGCUGAGAUAGAACCUCCCAAGCUUCUCACUCGGCCACGGAGCUCCAGCCAGAUUCCGGAAGGAUUUGGCUUGACCAGUGGUGGAUCCAACUACUCCUUGGCAAGGCACACGUGCAAAGCGCUGACCUUCCUGCUGCUGCAGCCGCCCAGCGCCAAGCUGCCGGCGCACAGCACCAUCCGCAGGACCGCCACCGACCUCAUCGGCCGCGGCUUCACCGUCUGGGAGCCCUACAUGGACGUGUCGGCCGUGCUCAUGGGCCUCCUGGAGCUCUGCGCUGACGCUGAGAAGCUCUUGGCCAACAUCACCAUGGGCCUACCCCUGAGCCCGGCCGCUGACUCGGCCCGCUCCGCGCGCCACGCUCUGUCCCUCAUUGCCACCGCCAGGCCUCCCGCCUUCAUCACCACCAUCGCCAAGGAGGUGCACCGGCACACGGCCCUCGCGGCCAACACGCAGUCCCAGCAGAACAUCCACACCACCACCCUGGCCCGCGCCAAAGGGGAGAUCCUGAGGGUCAUUGAGAUCCUCAUUGAGAAGAUGCCGAGCGACGUGGUGGACCUGCUGGUGGAGGUUAUGGACAUCAUCAUGUAUUGCCUUGAAGGCUCUUUAGUCAAGAAGAAGGGGCUUCAGGAAUGUUUUCCAGCCAUCUGCAGGUUCUAUAUGGUGAGCUAUUACGAGCGGAGCCACAGGAUAGCGGUGGGAGCCCGCCAUGGCUCCGUGGCCCUCUAUGACAUCCGCACUGGGAAGUGCCAGACCAUCCAUGGCCACAAAGGACCCAUAACUGCGGUGGCUUUUGCUCCUGAUGGCCGGUACCUUGCCACCUACUCCAACUCUGACAGCCACCUCUGCUUCUGGCAGAUGAACACGUCUCUCCUGGGGAGCAUUGGCAUGUUGAACUCGGCCCCCCAACUGCGCUGCAUCAAAACCUACCAGGUCCCCCCUGUCCAACCAGCUUCUCCAGGCUCCCACAAUGCCCUCAAGCUGGCCAGGCUCAUCUGGACCUCCAACAGGAACGUCAUCCUCAUGGCUCACGAUGGCAAGGAGCAUCGCUUCAUGGUCUAA